AUGGCGCCAAUCCUAGACUUCAACAACAGGGCACUCUAUCCCUCAUUCGUCGACCUCCCCGAGGAUGAGCCCACAUCCACUGGCAAUGAUGCCACGGACAAUGACUGGUGCCUCCUCGCCCAAGUCAAGGACGACAUGACGAUCAACAAGCCGACCCUCGUGCUGACCGACCGGGACGGCGCGCCGUUUGCGAUGGUCUUUGAGGGGCUCGGCCGCGACGACCUGGACCUGAAGGCGCUGGGUCUCAAGAAGGGCGCCACGGCCGUCGUGCCGCGGGCGAAGCGCACGAAACCGGCCGAGGAGGGCAAGAGGGGAUUUGCUUGUCAAGUCAAAGGCUGGAGCGAGGGAGGUCACAAGUCAGAUUGUAAAAUCUUCAAGGCAGUCAAUGAUAUUUGGAAGUGA